CCGUGUUCUGAUAGGGCGAGGCUGUCGGGCUGAAUUUCCGGUUGCGGCCAAACAAAAACAAGACCUUGAAAACAGAAGAGCAGCUCGUCUGUCAGUCUCCGUCCUUCUCUUCAACCAUGUCCGCCUCUGGCUUCGUGCUGCUGGUUCUGGCCGCGUCUCUGUGCUCCGGAGACUCCAGAUUUAUCCUUGAUCCUUUUUCAUUCACUGGACAAAACACUCUGAUGUGUCCAGAAUGUCGCCAGAUCGUCCAGCUGUCCGGCAACAUGGUUUUCAGCAAAGACACCAAGGUGACGGUAUUUAAAGCCUUGUACGCUUUGUGCCAGCGCCUCCCUGAGGAACAGGCAUCCGAAUGUGAGUCACAAGUGAAAAUAUUUCUUCCAAAGAUCCUGCAGCAAGCAUCCAGUCAGUGGAAACCAGAGGAGGUGUGUGAGGCGUUUGGACUUUGUGCUACCCACGAGGACAAGGAACUGCAGCAGCUUCCCCUUCAUGUCCCCAAUAAAGACACGUCCAGCUCUGCACUUGGGACCGCCACUGAAACCCAAGAUAUACUCAACCCAGUUUGCACCUUGUGUGUGUUGUUUAUCAAGAAGCUGGAGACACUGCUGCCUAAAAACAUGACUGAGGGAACCUUAGUGAAGCUCAUGGAUGAGGUGUGUGACCUGCUGCCGUCCAGCUAUAAGGACCAAUGUGAUGACUUUGUGGAAAAAUAUGGAGCGGAGAUUGUUGACUUCCUUCUGUCCUCUGCUGCGCCUCACACCAUCUGCACUCUUUUGCACCUUUGCUUGUUCGAGACGCAGCCGGCUCCAGAGGUGGACCCGAUCUCUGACUGCGAGUCCUGCCAAACACUGGCUGCACUGAGCCGUCUGCACCUGGGGCUGAACGCCAGCGAGCCUCAGACGGCAGCUUUCCUCCAGUCGGUGUGCACCAUCCACCCAAGGGCUUUGCCCAAGUGUGAGGCUUUCACCAGAGUCCACGGCUCUCGGCUGCUGAAGCUUUUGGGAAACCAAAUGGAGGUUCCACAUGUUUGUGAGAAAGCUGAUUUGUGCGUUUCAUCGAAGAAGCUGGAGCCACUGGGAAAUAACCCUUGUACCUGGGGACCAAGCUACUGGUGCAAAGACUUAAACACUGCUCAAGAGUGUGGGAACCAGGUCUUCUGUGAGAAAUACACGUGGAAGAAGAACUAGAAUGUCGUAAGGUCCACCGCUGCAGAGCGUCGCCUGCUUGGAACAAGUUUAAAGCACUGAAAAUGUUCUGUAAAUGAAAUCCCUCCACUUGUCCUGAUUUACUGAUUUUUUUUUUUUUUUUUUGGGGGGGGGCUUUAACUAUCUAAUGCUAUUCUACACUGCAAAAUGGAACUAAAAGUAAGUAAAAUUUUCUUGAAAUUUGUGCAUUUUUCCUUUAUUUGAGCAGGUAAAUAAGACUAUUUGCCAAUGGAAUAAGAUUUUUGCACUUAAAAUAAGAACAAUUCAUCUCCAUCAUCUUAUUUCAAGUGCAGGAUAUCUAAUUAUUUUUAUUUUAGGGGUAAGAAUGCUCAUGCUAUUGGCCAAUAGCCUUAUUUAGCUGCUUAAAUCAUGGAAAAAUAUACUCAUUUCUAGAAUGUUUUACUUACUUUCAGUUCCCUUUUUGCAGUGUAGUCACAUAAAAUGCUCAGAAAUCUUUAUACCUGCACAGGAUUCAUACAUUUCUGCAUGGUAAGUGUUAUUCUGUAUAUAAGGAUAGCCCUGUCGUGAAUGUAACAGUGGCCACAUAUUGUCUGACUGUCAGCCAUAGCAAAAACUUUCAGUGUUUUCUCAAGCAGUUCAGAUGAAGGACUGUUUCCUCUUUCAUUUCACGGCUCUUUUGCUGCUAAUCAGAAGUGCAAAUGAUGACGUACAAAUAAAACUCUAAAAAUGAGA